AUGACUUCCUGGCGCGAUGAGUAUAUUAAUGCUCUACAAGAGCGCGAUGAGCGAGAACAAUCUAGCUACCAAAGAUUUGAUCCGCAGUUUAUAGAAACUUAUACCCAGCUCCUCGACCGAGUCUCUGCCUUGACCGCAGCAGCGGCUGCUCAUGGUGUCUCAUCCACCCCCGCAAAUCCCUCAUCUCUCUCCUCUUCCUCCACAUUUCAAAAACCUUCCUCCAAAAGUGCAAACCAAACUCAACUCACCCCCUUCUCCGAGAUCAUCCAGCUCCGCGCUUCCUUGGCAGAAGCACUCCGUUCCUCCUCGCACUUUCAAUCGCGCCUAAAAACUACUGAAGCUUCUCUCCAAGGUCUCUGCACUAAAAGUGCUUCGGAAUCUAAACAAAUUGAGAUCUUAACUCGAGAACGAAAUAUCAUGGAGAUGAAGAUCAGGGAUAGAGAUGAGGAGCUAAGGGCCAAGACCAAGGGGUAUCAUGAUGUGCAGGAUGAGAUGAUAUCUCUGAAUUUGCAGCUGAAUAUAGCAGAACAGAACACGAAGAGGUUGAAGGCGGAAAACAAAGAGUUGAUUGAUAGGUGGAUGGCGCUAAAGGGGAGGGAAGCAGAUGAAAUGAACAGAACGUUUGGGACCUGA